AUGUAUCAGAUAUUUACUUCAAAUACGGGAUUACAUGAAUUAUAUGAUUAUCGUGAGGAUCUCCCAUUCUAUGAGAAAUCGAAUGGAUUCAAAUUACCAAAUAAAAAAUAUUAUUCAGCAAUUGAGAGGAGAUUUAAUUUCAUUAUAGAAUAUCGCAAAUUUAGAAGUGAUGGCAUACGUGUUUGUAAUGAAGAAUGUACAUGCUGUAAAAUUCAGAGGAUUUUUCAUAAGGGUUCAAGGGAGAAAUUUCAGAGUUUAGAAUUUGAUAUUGAAUUUAAUGGAGACGUAAUUCGAGAGCAUGCACUGAAGAUUGUAAGAAAAUUAAAUAAGGGGGGAAAGUUAUUGAAAUUAGGUGAUAAGAUUAUUUGGAGAGAAAAUUUUGAUAGUAAUAAUAGGUAUGUGAUUGACAAUGGUGAAGAAUCACAUUUAGAUUUUAUUAUGUAUCCUGAGAUUAUAGAUAAGCUUAAUGGAAAGGAUCUUGAUUAUGAGAUUGAAAUUAUUGAGGAAAUCUGUGAGUUAAGAGAUAAUGAAUAUGGAAUGGGAAAAAGGGCACAUGAGUGUAAUGAUUCGAAUGAAUAUUCAAAGAGAUUAAGAAUUUCUCAAGAUGAUUAG